GAGAGAGGAAAGAAAAGGGAGUUCGACAUGAUGUUGAUGUGCCAUGCGAGCACUCUGCCAGCCCAACCGCUCUUUCUGAAAGUGAGAUUCCGCAAGUUCUGAACUGGUUCUCGCUCCUCUCUCUCUCUCUCGCGGUGGAAGAAGCAGAGAACAAUGGAAGCGAAGAUGAACAAGUUCUUCGGAUCGGUCUCCGACUUCUUCACCGGCACCGAUCAUAUCCCCUGGUGCGAUCGCGACGUCAUCGGGGGUUGUGAGCGAGAAGUUGCUGAGGCUGAAAAGGGCUCAUCUGAUGAGCUUAUCAGUCAAUGUAUUAUGCGUUUAUCAUGGGCACUUGUUCACUCAAGGCAACCAGAAGAUGUCCAGCGUGGAAUAGCAAUGCUUGAAGCUUCCAUUUCUGGCACUAAGAGUCCAUUGCAAUUGAGAGAGCAGCUUUAUCUUCUAGCUGUUGGUUAUUACAGAAGUGGAGACUACACAAAGAGCAGGGACCUUGUGGAGCGGUGUCUGCGGAUUGCCCCUGAUUGGAGACAGGCUCUCACACUUAAGAAAACAAUCGAAGACCGUAUCACAAAGGAUGGGAUAAUUGGCAUUGGCAUUGCUGCUACUGCUCUAGGAUUGCUGGCAGGUGGACUUGCUGCAGCUCUCUCAAGGAAGAAAUGACCCACACACGCUCCCCCUAGAGUACUCUGUUUAUAUGAACAACCCAUGCUAAAGUUUGUUAAUUUUUUUUUCUCUCCUGUUCUUUGCUAACCUCAAUAGUGAUGUGGUAAGUAAAUCGUCUACUUUGAUGAAGUUUAGUCACUUGUCGUUUGUUUGAUGGACACUGUGAGGUAAAGGUAGUUCUUUGA